UAUUUAUUUAUUAUAUAAAGUUUGUUCCGAUUGACAAAAUUACGAAAUAUGUUUCACCUUCAACCAUGACUGGUCUCAGAAUUUCAGAGAAAAACGUUUUCUACGUGGUGAUUUUAAUGAGUCUAGCCACUGGUAACUUUGCAACGCGAGAAUUGUUCAACAAAGGCUUCUGGUAUUUCAAUGGCAUUGAAACAUUGAAAUCAGAUAAUUUCACAGAAUUUUUCCUGGCCACUGUUUCCAGCGACUCUGAUCCAUACAAUUCUGCUUCAAACCAAAUUUCUGUGAACAGCUCGACUAAAUUUCUGGCCAUACAUACAUCACAGUUUAGUUUAUUGUUAGAUUUGUGGCCACCACAAUCUGUUAUUCAUCCUUCUGCUAAAGUUGUCGUCAGCGAUAAAAAUAAUGAACAUGAAGAGAAUAUUCGAUUCGAACCAGAAUGUUUCUUAUCUGGAAAACCUCAGUUUGGAAGAGGAAUGGUGUCACUCUCUUAUUGUAACGGUUUACACGGAACAAUUGUUACCAAUGGCAGCGACUAUCAAAUAAUUGCUCCUCGUUCAACCUGUGCUGAAAACAUUUAUUUGAUUGCAAGACGGGCAUCCAGUAACCUUAUGCAACAAGUAAACAAAAUGGAAGAAGCGAGGACAACACAUGAAAAGUUAACGAUAGAAUUGGCUUUGUUUUUUGACCAGUCUGUGUACAAUUACUUGGAAGAGAAAACGAACUCUAAGACUUUGAAAGAAAAACUACAAUAUCUUGUGGCUGCAUGGAAUACGGUGCAAUAUGAGUUUAAUAAAGAAAACCAACUGGGAUAUUCGAUAAAGCUAAUCAUUAAGUAUAUCAAUAUUUUUAGAGAAAAUCCAUCUUGGUACAAAAUAAACAGUUUCGCGCAGGCUCUACGAAGUGUUUGUGUUUGGGCUGAGAAAAGGAAACUCAACUUUGAUCACAUACACAUCGUAACUAAUAGCAAAAAUAGCAACCUGCUCGGCCUUGGAGGUUCUGGAGGAAUUUGUGGUGGCGGUAGAUGUGCAAUUUCCAAAUCAAUCAAGUGGGGAGACUACGACACUUUAAGUCAUGAAAUAGCUCAUGGCAUUGAUAUUCCUCAUGACAGUCAUCCCAACUGUGCAAAUUAUACGGGAAGAAGUGGUGUAAUGGGCGACAGAGACACCGGAUGGAGCGUCUGCGCAGCAAAAUACUUCGAAAGAUGGUUAAGAAGCGGUAAAGGCAAAUGUAUGCAAGAAGAAAAUAUUUCCGUCAGCGAAACCAAAGGAAAGGCUCAUUCAAUUGUAGAUACUUUUGGUAGCGGAUUACUACCUGCAACAUAUACGACCCCGGAUGAUUACUGCCGGAUUCGGUACGGCAAAGGGUUCUCUUAUAUUGACUUAUAUCCGAAAUUUAAAUGUGGAAUAAUUUCGUGUGUCUACUUGGAAGAAGGAAACCAGUAUGGGCGAAUUAGAAUCGAUACGGGAGGGACAAAUGGUCUUUCCUGCGGGCCACAAAUGGUUUGCCGUCCACAUAAGCGUUGCGAGAAUUUGACCGAAACUAACUUCUGGGCAUCAGUUCCUGUGAUAACGGGUGGCUGGAGCGCGUGGAGUUCUUAUUCCCCCUGUGAUCGAAAGUGUGGAACGGGGGUUACGUUGUCCACACGGCAAUGUAACAAUCCUAAACCAGUUGGAACUGAAUGGUGCAGAGGAAGCAGUGUCCGAGCCAAAUUGUGUAAUACCCAUUCCUGUAAUACCAGAGAGACAAAUGUUGCUGAAAUCAUCCGUCAGCGAGCAUCAGAACGUUGUUCUACGUUAGUCAGACACAAAUUUAUUGAUCCGAAGGAAUUUAAAGAAACUGGGAGAUCCCUUUCUGACCUUUUUUCUGAACUUCGUUACUUCGUCCAAUAUCCACUUCGCUCAAUUAAAGGUUUUGAUGAUCUUCAUCGCCAUUACAACGUAAGUCCCUCGGAGUGCGCGUCUCUUUGUCUAAGAAAUAAUGAUUGUCAUUCUUUUGAAUAUAAAAGAGAACAUCGAAAAUGUGAUCUUUCAACCAAAACAACGUCAAAUAAAAUGCUGAAUGUGCAAGAGUACUGGGAUUUGUAUGUACUGCCCUCACCAGUCAGCGAUCUAUUCAAAUACAGUCCUAAACACUCCAUCUACGGAUAUGACGACUUGGGCCGGAUGUUCAACGCAACUGUCGAAGACUGUGCCAGAGAGUGUCUUAAAAAGCGAUCUUGUAGGUCGUUUGAAUACAAACCACAACAAUUGAAGUGUGAUCUAUCCACAGUGACAAGUAAGGAAAAACUAAUGACCACAAAGGCAGACUGGGACCAUUACGAAAUAGAUGAGGACGAUAAAGCGAUCGGCAAAGAAGGUUUAUGCGAAGUCGAAUGUGAUCUUACCAGUCAGUCUAACGAAGGGGCUUCCGGGCAUAUUGCUUUAAUGCCCGACGGAACUCCUUGUAGCAUAAAUUCCCAAUGGCGCUGUCUACGAGGAAAAUGUGUUAAUUUCGGCACAAAAGGGUAUGCGAACGUUUGAAGGUUUCUUUUUUAUAUCAACUCCCUGUAACAAAACGAAUUGACGCACACACAAACACACGCAUUAUACACACCCACACAAACACAUACACACACACACACGCACAGACACACACACACACACACACACACCGCACACACACGCACACACAUCACACAUACAUCACAUACACAUCAC